AUGGCUAGUGAAAACGAUGGAAGCGGCGAUGCUGCUUGGGAGCAGCACUUCCACCCCCGUCGCUCCGACCACGCUCGAUCUGAAUCUACCCGCUUGCCACCCAGAAGACAUCGAGAUGGGCUCGACUACCGACGGCCAGCGAUGCUUUCGCCUGGAGAUAACGUCGUGAUCGACUUGACAGAUGAUCCAGACUCUCCUCCUCCAGGAAAUGUGAGGACAUUUCCCGGUCCUCUACAUACCCCACACCCGCACCGUCCGAGGUUACGAUUCCCACGAGAUUUGAUGAACCACACGACCCCGGUGGCUGAUCACCCUACUGUAAUUGAUCUGGAAGCGGAGACAACGGGUGAUUCGGUAGAUCUUUCGCUGGACAACGGAGAUGUUCAGAUUGUUGGCUCUUCUUCCGUCAGGCCGAGACCAAUAGAACCAAGAUACCUCGACAACAAUGGUAUUCCAAUGCACUUCCGCCCUCUCAUACAGCCGUCGAGUGUAUUGGAAUCUGGGCGACCGAGAAGAGGGAUGCCCGCAAGGUCAUACUUUCGUUCCGAGGAGGACCUUCUUUCGUUCAUGUCUGACACGCUUCACUACGGAGUAUCCCGCUUUGACUAUAGCCCGCAUGCCGGGCCAGCCCCACAACCUCGUCGAUCAUCAUAUAAAGGAUUAAGCCCGGCGCCGGAAGGAUUCACUCGAAUUUUGGCAGAAGAUGACGUGCCUCUCUGCCCAAACUGUGAGGACGAGUUGGGAACCGGAGAAGGGCUGAAACAACAGAUUCAUAUUGCAAAGCCGUGUGGCCAUGUCUAUUGUGGCGAGUGCGCUGGGAAUCGGUCCAUCUCAAAGUCCAAAAAGAAAGCUUCCAAGACCAAGCCGUUCUCAAAGUGCCGGGUUCCAGGUUGUAAUAAACCUGUAAGUAGCCCGACAGCCAUGUACCACCUUUAUCUGUGA